CAAGGAAGCAUGAAGAGACCAAUGGAGAUUAUAGGCUAAGGACAGAGGCUUGCUUUUCCCUCCUCAGUCCUCUCUGUCACCAGGCUUCACUCUUGGACUGGUCGGGACAGGAAGGAGUCUCUCUACACCUGAAGCCUCCAGCUUGGCUGUGUCUCAGAGGGUUGGACACUGGCCAACUGAUUGAGGACAAUACUAGAUACAAGAUGUCCUGCCUUAAACCAAGGCCUCCUUUCCUGGGGCUUCCCCCAAGCCUCCUCUUGCUGGGAGCUCUCCUCCCGGCAGCAUCAGCUCUGGAAGCAGUCAAUCUGGUGGAUUUCUGUGACCAGAUGCUGCAGGGGGAUGGGAUGAUUGUCCGUUCCCAUCCAGAUUCCCGGAAAUUCUACUUUGUGGCUAUUGAGACAGACUGCUGGCUCACUGUGCAGGCUGCAUCCCCCCAGGACAGAGUCCUGUUCCAGUUCCGUUUCUUUCUGGUAUACAGCCUGACCCAGCCUGCAUCUUCUGAGCUGCCACAGACAACCACCUCUGGGCUAAGCCAGCCCAGAGAGGACCUCUGCACCAGUGGCUCCUACCUACAAUUCUAUGAUGGCCCAGCCAAGGAAGGUCCCCGCCUUGGGAACCCACUAUGUGGACUGACCAUCCCAGGCCCAGUCCUGUCCACAGGCAGAUCCCUGAGCCUGCGCCUGGUGACGAGGGGCCAGCAGCCCAGGGUAGAUUUCGUUGGGGACUUCACCUCAUUCCGACUAGCUCUCCUGAUCCCAGGCUCCAGCAUCUCCACCUGUGGCCUGGGCUUCUACUUCCUCUGCCAUAACAAGAGAUGCAUCCCCCAGAGCCUGGUGUGUGACACUUGGGACAUCGACAACUGCGGGGAUGGCAGCGACCAGACAUCCCACCCCCCUGCCAGCUGCAGAGCAGAACGAACUAUCACCCCCAUUGUCCAGAGGAGGAAACUGAGGCUCAGAGAAUUGAAUGAUAAAGCUGUGACCAUGGCCAACCCAACGUCUCCUGUCUUCUGGAUGACUCAAGGGACUCUGAACCCCAGCAGCAGAAGUGGUGGCAAUGGUGAGCCCAAGAAGAGCUGGCCUGCCCUCCAGGACAGAUCAGCCACAGGGCAAAGGUCGCCAAGGACUCUACUGGCAUCCUUGGUGCUGCUGGGCUCCGGGGGGGCCGUGGCAGGCCUACUUUGGUGGUGGUGCUGCUGCUGUCCAGGCUGGACCCUUGCCAGGACCAGGGCAUCCAAACUGCUCCCCCGCUACAGUUCCAUCUAUACCACCUGCUGCCCCUUAGGUCUGCCUGGCUGCCUCUGCUCAGGCCGGGUCACCCCUCAGGGGGUGGCAGCUGAGCAGGUUGGCCAAGCUGGGGGGCAGGGGCCCACUACCAGGGCUCUCCCUACAGCUCUGGCCUCGGGGGGGAUCUACCUAAAGCCCUCAGAUUUUCCCACACACAAUCAAAUGUUGUGAGUUCUGUCUCAAGAUGUUGCUGUUACCAAUCCUCUGUCCCAUCAUCAUUAUCAUUAUCAAAUGGCUAGCAUUUAUAUAGCCCUUUUAGGUCUGCAAAGUGCUUUACAUAGGUUAAUUCAUUUGAACUCAGCUUUUCCCACUGGAUGGAUAGCUUGAGCCCUGGAUAGAAAAGCAGGCACCUGACUGGGGGUAGCACCUUUUAUUGAAGGAAGACAAAGACCACAGGAGGAGCCUCCCUCCCCUUUCCCACCCUCACUGUAGGCCAGGGACCUGGUCUGAUCAUCCCUCAGGCCUGCAUUGCCUGAGGGCACUCAACAGGAAGGACCCCAGAUAGGUUUGUGGGGUGCCAGGCCCCAGAGGUGGAGGGAAGACUGGAAGAGAGAAGAUCUUGGCUUCAUUUCUU